GAAGCAUCACUACCAAUGGAGAUGUGCUCCAAUUUUGAUGCCGAUGAAAUCCGCCGACUUGGCAAGCGGUUCCGCAAACUGGACCUAGACAACUCUGGUUCUCUUUCGGUGGAAGAAUUUAUGUCUCUUCCAGAACUUCAACAGAACCCACUGGUCCAGCGUGUUAUAGAUAUAUUUGAUGCAGAUGGCAAUGGGGAGGUAGAUUUCAAAGAGUUCAUUCAGGGAAUGUCUCAGUUUAGUGUCAAAGGCGACAAGGAAAGCAAGAUGCGAUUUGCAUUCCGCAUCUAUGACAUGGACAAUGAUGGUUACAUCUCUAAUGGAGAGCUAUUUCAGGUACUGAAGAUGAUGGUGGGAAAUAACCUGAAGGAUACACAGCUUCAGCAGAUAGUUGACAAGACUAUCCUAUUUGCUGAUAAAGAUGAGGAUGGCAAAAUCAGCUUUGAUGAAUUUUGUGCGGUUGUUGGCAACACAGAUGUUCACAAAAAGAUGGUCGUGGAUGUAUAAUUAUGGUUAUUGAAUUUGGGUGCCACUGGCCUAAGGUGCAAUGUAGCUGUUAAUGUUUAUCUGAACUGUCGUGGGAUAAGUGUUUUUUAUGAUCGUAGUUUUGAAGACCGAUCAGUGUUUCAUCAUUAGCAAUAUGUAAUUCUCAAUUUGAUACUCCAGUUAUACUGGAAAUGUUUCUUAUUGUGACAGUGAAACAGUAUAAGGAUGAUCUUUAUAUUUAUGCCAUUGAUAAUGUCCUUGAAGCGUUUCAUACAAAAGAAACAAGUAGAACAGUAUUGGAUAUAAAAAGACUUAGUCUGUAAAGUAAAAUUUAUUUGCUAUGCAAAAGGUGGUAAUCACAACCAUUUUUUAUAUCUAAAUAUGGUAUAUAAUUACAGGACAUAUAUUUGUUGAAACAGACUUUUUGUGUGUUUUAUGGGACUUUCUUAUAUAGUCAUGUGUUCAAGCUUUUACAAUAAACCAGGGCUUCAGUGGCACUGCAGAAAAUAUAAAUUAUUCACUCCAUGUCAGAGCUCAUGUAUGAAGUAACUUUGCAUUUGAUCUCAUAAUCUUUAAACUGUUUGCAUCCAUUCUAUGGUAUUAGCUAUUUUCCUAUUUACUUCAGAACCAACUACAGCACAGUACAGUAUAAGAUAUUUGAAAGUAAAUUUCUUCACUUCAUACAAGCAUCACAGUUUUGUUAAAUAUUUUGAAACUUUCAUAUCAAAGUGAUAUGGUAUUGCAUGAGUUUUCUAUGUUUAUGUAUUGUGCCUCAUUAACUUUUCACCAAUUUAUGAAGGAUUUAUAGGGUUAGUAACCAGUUUCAGUACUCUACAUUGGGUGCCAAGUCUUUGAUAUAGAAUGUGGCUUUUAGGAUAUCUUUAAAUUGACACCCUAAAAUUUUAAUAGUGUGCAGUUCAACAUUAGUUGUGUAAAAAUUAAAUGAAUUGAACAUUUAGAUCAAAAUUAAGUCCAACUUAAGUUUUUAGAAAAGUAAUUAUUAUAACAUUAUAGGACUAGUCAAAAACUUAAUUUUCCAAAAAACUGCUUUGGUCAGUUUUAGCUAUUUAAAAACAUAAUUUAGUUAUAUUGAUUAAUUAUUGUAAGGGGUAAAUUACACAGAUUUCACAUUAUUCUCAAGAAGAGUAUACCAUUAUGGUCAGUUUUGCCACUGAAAACCUAAAUUAAAAUAAAUUCCUAAAUAUAGAAAAUUAAUUGCAAUAUUUAGAACAUACAAUCAGUGCUUUAAACUAAUUUAAAUAUUAAAAAAAAAAAGAUAAAAAUCAUGACAAUUUUGCUAAAUAAUUUUUUGUUGUUGAGGAUGGUUUAUAACUUGCAUAUGUGCCGUUGGCCAUAAUUCCACACACAGAAAAAAUCAAGUUGUAUCUGUAUGAUUUUUAAUGCACUGUAUUUCGGUUUAAAAACUAAGACAGAAAUUUCCAGUUAGGUAAAUGUUUAUCUCUAUAAUUUUACUGGUACUUACUUUCAUUUUCCCUCCUGAAAGAAAAGUCAAGCUGAAAGAACAAGGAUGUACUGUGUGGUACUAGGCAGUGAGUGUUCAUCACCCCAUGUGCAAUACCCAGUUGCUGUCUGGACUGAGGUCCUGUGCAGCAUUUUAGCUAGUCAUGAUACUUGGUCUCUCGGUAAUUAUUUUUAAAAGCCAUCA